GGAUAGGGAAGGGAGUAAGAGAGAGAGAGAUAGAAGAGUGAGAGAGAGAGGAGUGUGAGGGUAGUAGAAGCUGAAGAAGCUCACAGACUGAUCGAUAACUGAACGCACGCGGACUGAUUUCCCUCCUCCUCCUCCGUCUGAGAGAAAUCAGACCCCAGCUGAUUCAGGGGCUGACUGAUCACACACACACACGCACACACACACACACUGCUCAGUACAGUCUAACCAGUAUAAUGAACAGUCUGCGCUCACCUUUAAUAUCCCUCCGCCAAACACUGAGAGAAAGUUCAGCGGGAGACUGAGUGAGGAGCGGAGCGGAGCUUAUGGAGGAGAGAGCGGCCGGAGCCGCCAGAGGAGCAGCGGAGAAAGUGGACUAGUGGACACCAGACCCAGAGAGAGAGAGAGAGAGAGCUGGGCCUCAGGCAUGACGACGGCUUCGUGGGAAGUGGAUUUGACUCACUCUAACGGCUCCACUCUGAGGACGAACCUGGCCGGCUCUCUGUUCAACUUGAGCAGUAGCUUUGGUGGUACGGAGGCCUUCCUGUGGCUCACCUCGGAAAACGGCUCCUGGACCACCUCGGGCCCCUCGUUGGCACCGGCGGGGAAAGGGCGGAUACGGGACCAGGCGCUGGCCCAGGCUGAGAUCACUGUACUGGGGCUGGUGUUAGCACUCACCACACUGGGGAACAGCUUUGUGCUGUGGGUGCUGCUGCGCCGGAGAAAACACCAUGCACCCAUGCACCUCUUCAUGAUCAACCUGUGCGUGGCUGACCUGGUGGUGGCCUUCUUUCAGGUUCUGCCGCAGCUGGUGUGGGACAUCACCGAGCGUUUCCAGGGCCCUGACGCGCUGUGCCGUUCCGUCAAAUACCUGCAGAUCGUGGGAAUGUUUGCCUCCUCGUACAUGAUCGUCGCCAUGACAGUGGACCGCCACUAUGCUAUCUGCUGCCCCUUGCAGGCAUACAGAGGAGGAGAGACCUCUCGCUGGAACACCCCCAUUAUGACAGCCUGGGGCCUGGCCUUGGUACUCAGUUUACCACAGGUCUUCAUCUUCUCACGGUCGGAGGUGGCCCCGGGGGAUUUUGAGUGCUGGGGUCACUUUGCUGAGCCGUGGGGCCUCAAGGCUUAUGUCACCUGGAUGACUGUGGCUGUCUUCAUUCUGCCCGCAUUUAUCAUCACCGUGUGUCAGGUACGCAUCUUCAGAGAGAUCCAUGACAACGUCUACCUGAAGUCAGAGCGAAUGGUGACGGCAGAGUUUAAGCGGAACUCAGUGCUUUUUCAUUUCCCUCAGAGAGAAGGGCAUCGUGGGAGGUCCUGUAGUGGUAGAGACAGAGAGGGGCGGGGCAGCCAUCCUCAUCAGAUGGACGGCAGCCUCCAUGGCCGGCAUCGUGGCAGCCCCGUUCGCCCCCCACCUACCCCGACUGACCCUCAGAGCUCGUACGACAGUCUCUCCAUUACCUGUGACCCCUGUGCCGUGCCCCUCCCCUCUUCAGAGAUCUCUGCCUCCACCACUCCCCGCUUACUCAACUUCAGCCCUGAACACGCCCCGGGGUCUCCCCCAGACCCCACUCACCCACACACCAUGCCCACCAAUAACUCCUGUGCCCGGACCAGAGGCUCCUCCUCAUUGGCUGGACAGCUUUCGGGUACUCCAGACUUGUGGCCGGAUGUGCUCCCAGACACAGCAGCUCUUGGAAUGCCUACCCAGUAUCCUCCCCUUCCGCCUCCCUCAGGUAUCUCCAAGGCCAUGUCCAAGACGGUGAGGAUGACACUGGUCAUAGUGCUGGUCUACACAGUCUGCUGGUCUCCAUUCUUCAUCGUCCAGCUCUGGGCAGCCUGGGACCCCAACCCACCAGAUCAAGGAGUAGCAUUUACCAUCCUGAUGCUGCUGGCCAGCCUGAACUCCUGCACGAACCCCUGGAUCUACACAGCCUUCUCCAGCAGUGUGUCACGGGAGCUGCUGGCUCUGCUGCGCUGUAGAGUACCUUCACCACGCAGGGGAUCUUUACCCGACGACUCCACCGUCACACACACCUCCACCACUACCAAGGACAGCAUCUACUGACUGGUACACACACAGGCCACUCUACACACACAGGAAACUACUGUCCAGAAAUACACGGGUAUACCACCACAAUCCAUCAAAUCCAUCACCAUUUCCAUCACACUACAUCCCCGAAACAUCCAAAACUGACUCAUAAUAACUCAUAAUAACCAGGGACAGAAGCUGUGGGCAAAGUCAAUCAAAAAUAUUGUCUCACGUACACAAAUUAAUAUUUAAAAGUUUGGAAUCACUUGUUUUAUUAGUUACCACAGUUGUGAUAUUAGGAAGUAACUUCUAAAAUCAUAAAAAAAAUAUUAAAAAUUACCGUAUAUGCCAUCCAAUAAAAAGCAAUCUUCAUUUUUGUUGAUUUUUAGUUUACUACAUAAUUUGAACAUACAAACUCUCAUAUGCCCCAUGUCAGAAUUUCUUGAUGGACCAAUAAAAAUUCUCUUUUUUUGCAUUGCUUUCCAUUGAAAGUUAAAAAAGUUAAAUAUUUCUUUUGUAAAGCUUUUUUUUGAAAACCCAUUAUCCAAUUUUAUUUGCAAAUAUGAAUUUUGAAAAAUUAGAAACCGCUUUCUAUCUAAUGUCUGACUUUACAUAUGAAAUAGGAAAUUGCUUUUAAUCCAUCUGUCCUGUUUUGCAUUUAUUUACCAGGACAGCACAAACCUCUUUUAAAAAAAACAAAAGACCAAAAUUAGUGGGUCGACAAAAUAUUUUAAAUAUUUUAAUAUUUUCAAUCCCCAUCUGAAACCCACCCCCCUUCCCACUCUCCUUCUUUUUUUCUUUUUUUUCUAAUUUUUUCCCCAAUUUGUCCCCAAUUUACAAGGCCAAUUACCCAACUCACUCAUUAGGACUCCCCCUAUCACUAGUGAUGCCCCAACACCAGAAGGGUGAAGACUAGCGCAUGCCUCCUCCAAUACAUGUGAAGUCAGCCAGGGCCUUACCCUUUUUAAAUGGCUGCUGAUGCAGCAUUGAAGAGAAGCAUCACAGCGCUCUCAGAGGAAAGCGCAGCAUCUCAGUUUUGAUACAUCAGCUCACAGACGUCUUGUACUGAUCGACAUCACCCUUUGAAAUAAUGUGGGGAGAGAGUGCCAUCUACCCACCCAGAGAGAGAGCAAGGCCGAUUGCGCUCUCUCUCAGAGGGCUUCGAUAGCCAAUGGCAAGCUACAUGAACAGGAUUCGAACCGGCAAUCUCCUGAUCCAGUAUUAUUUGUGAAUUAUUUUUCUAUUAUUUGUAACUAUUAAUUGUGAAUAAUGCAAUUUUCUAUCAGGAUAUUGCCUGAAGAUUUAAGCAACACUGUUCAAAUACAAAGCAUUAGGUGUUAUGUUUUUAUUAUAACUUAAUUAUUGACAUAUUAUUGAUCUUUGUUACUAAGUUAUUAAGGAAUCACUUCCAGCUCUGCUAAUCAUUUUAUUUUGAAGCUCAGAAAUUAAAAAUAUUUAUUUAUAUAGUGUCUGCAACAAAAUAUGUCUUCAUAAUGUUAAAAACAGUGAUUUCAAACUUUUGAAUGUAAUCAGGAGUCGAAGCAUGAGGACAUAAACACACAUGGAAACACCUUGUCAAUAUCAAACUCCAGACCUUCUAGCAUUCUGUUACUUACAUACAAUUUGCAGCAAUGUCCCCAAGAAAGGCCUACAAACACUUUCUAAAGCACAGUCUACUGAAGGCAACAGUGAGAAGAGCUGAACAAAGCCACAACUAUAGGAAACCAGAGGGACUUCACCAUUUUUUUUUUGUCUUCAUUCUUCAGUGAAGAAUCCUCAAUGUGUGGUGGUCUGGGAUCGGAGCAAGACUGUUAUUAAUGUACUGGACACUAAAGAAUGUAACAAUGAAACAAGAUCAUGUACACCUGUACAUCUACUCAUUCCUGCAAUGAUUUAAUCAUAUGGCAUCAGUGAAAUGCAUAAAAUCCUACAGAUAUAGACCAGCAUCUUCAGGAAAAUGUUCGCCCACCAACUUUCACAAUGGAGAAAAUACAGGGGUCGGACAAUGAAACUGAAACACCUGGUUUUGGACCACAAUAAUUUAUUGUCCCGACUGACAGUUCUGGUAGAAAAAGGACUUCUGCAGUGAUUUGGGCAGCCGUGGUUUUAUGUUUUUUGUUCCUUUCAGACAGCUUCCUCGUCCACAGGUCCACAGUUAAUCCUGUUGGAUGUGGUUCAUCCUUAUUGGUGGUAUGCUGACAUAACCCUGGAUCCCGUGGCUCUUGAUACAUCACAAAGACUUGCUGUCUUGGUUACAGAUGCGCCAGCAAGACGUGCACCAACAAUUUGUCCUAUUUUGAACGUUGGUAUGUCACCCAUAAUGUUGUGUGCGUUGUAAUAUUUUGAGCAAAACUGUGCUCUUACCCUGCUAAUUGAACCUUCAGUUCUUUGGGCAAAAACACCUGGAUGAUGAGCAAGGUCAACUGAGAAUGUACUGACUGAUGGUCUAAUGAUUUUUUUUUUAUUUCUUCUGAGGCACACACAUAGCAGGUUCAAAAUGUAAUAUGCACCAAUGGAAUAAACCUGCAUGGAGCCAACCUGCUUUGUGACAGCAAUUCCAAAUUGGGUAGAAAAUUAAACUAAUUAGUGAUUCGAAGUAUGUUUUUAAAAUGGUCCUUUUUUCUUUAGUUUAGACUAUUUUGCGUUUUCCACAUUCAUAGAGAUUGGAGCCUGGUCUUGUCUGACUACAAAUAACUCUUGACCAUAAAACACUGAAACUACACAUUAAACUCUGGUAAAAAAAAAAAAAAAAGUGC